AUGCCAGUCGACUACGGCGGGGAACAAAAACAUCAACAAAAAACCAGCAGGAGCAGGCGCGCUGCUCGCACGGGCCGCCCUCGACGGCAGCUGCGGAGCUUCUCGAAGUACGCGGAGCUGGCCGAGCGGACCGGCAGCCAGGUGGUCGAGUCCCCCGGCGACCGCGUGGAGGAGACGGCCAGGAUCGUGGAAGGAGCCGCGAAGCAGGCAGUUUUGUGGAAGGACAUCGGCGUGACGUCAUCGCAACGAAUCAAGGUUCCCAUCGAUUCGCUAAUCAGUGGCUUCGAGGUGUCUUUGACCGCCCUUUCCUCGGCAGUCCUCACAACACCGUCUGGUUCAAGAUUCGACCUACUUACACGAAAUAACAACGCUGGCCGUGGCUAUGCCGUGGUGUCUUUUACUCCAUACCUUGCACGGAUCCGCGUUGACAUGACUCAGCGUCCGAAUGACGUGGGAGAAUGGACCCUGCAGUUCAACCCUUCAGAUGAGUCAUCGGUUGUUAUUUCAGCCCACACACCCAUGGACAUCAUGCCCACCUUUUAUACUCCUGAUACAUUUGGCAAUCACCCUUCUUUGCAAAGGGUAGCUGGUCAGCCAAGUAGAAGUUCUGAUACCUAUCUGGACGUUGUUAUCACCGGCGUCGACACCUCAAACCUCCGUCGUGUAGACAGAGCGUACAUGAAGGACUCAACGGGAAGGGAGCUCCUCAACCUUGACUUCCCCAUCAAGAGUCCCAGGAGGAACACGUAUCUAAAGUUUCCUUCCCGAAAUCUUCAAGCUGGACGGUUUACGGUGGUUGUCACGGGUGUUGACGGCAGUGGACGUCCCUUCCGACGCGAGAGUGGGACGCAGUGGGACCUAGUAGAUUCCUCGUUGGGCUUUCCUUUAGGGCGAGAGGUCUGGGGAUCUCCCGGAGACAGCCUCAGGAUACCUGUCGUCAUUGCGAACACUAAUGCUGAUAAUAUCGCACAGAGCACCUACUUUGUUAGUGCUUAUGAUGCUUUAGGCUCCACCGUGUCAUUGACCAAAGAGUAUAGUCAACGUGAUAGCAUCACUCGAUGGUAUCCAUAUGUUGAGGUUGUCACCGGAAAGUGA